ACUUUCUUUUGCGUAGGGCUCAAGAAGACUCAUUUCCUAACGAGAUUGAGUUAUUAGAUUCAAAGAAACAAUUACCUCGAAAGUGCAAUCUGCGAUCUCUGUCUCCGUUUCUCGGUGAUGACAAGCUCAUUCGUGUGGGGGGAAGACUGAGCAACUCUAGUUAUGAUUACAACCUUAAGCAUCCAGUGUUGCUCAGUUCCAAGCAUCAUCUUUGCAGGCUGAUAUUCAGGUUUUUUCAUCUCACAUUUUUGCAUGCAGGGCCUCAGCUGCUCCUUGCUACCGUCAGGCAUAAGUAUUGGGCUAUUCGUGGCAGGGACCUGGCGAAAAGUACAGUUUAUAAGUGCGUCAAAUGUACCCGUUUCAAUGGAAAAACCAUACAACCCAUCAUGGGUAACUUACCGAGAGAGCGUGUUGAAUUAGAAUAUCCAUUCCUUGAGACCGGUGUCGACUAUGCUGGUCCGGUCAUGAUAUCCAACCGGAAAGGCAGAGGUAGUGUGCUUGUAAAGGCGUAUAUUUGUGCAUUUGUGUGCCUUGCAACCAAAGCGGUGCAUCUCGAACUUGUUUCCGAUAUGACAACGGAAGCGUACAUUGCAGCCUUGCGCAGGUUUAUUGCUCGGCGUGGUAAGCCGCAGACAAUAUUUUCCGAUAAUGGCACAAAUUUUCAAGGUGCUUGUAAUGAAUUCACAAAGGUUCUUAAUGCAUCGUCGUCAUCAGAUGUCGAUUACGGCAACCAACAUCUCAUCGCUUCAGCGCUGGAAACGCGUCGAGCUACUCAAGCAGCAGUUUUGGCAUCGCUUCUCCACUGAGUAUGUCCUUUGGCUUCAACAGAAGACAAAAUGGCACGAAUCCACGGGAGAGCUUCAGGAAGGUGCUCUGGUUGUUGUCAAAGACAGAACUCUGCCUCCCCUUCUCUGGCAACUUGGUCGAGUCGUCCGAGUUAUUCCUGGCAGUGAUGGCAUCGCACGGGUGGCGGAUAUAAAAACAAAGAAAGGAGUCAUCCGCAGGGCUUUCAACAACAUCUGCCCUCUGCCUGUCAACAAUCAAAUUGCUCACCCUUGAGGCCGGGAGCAUGUUACGAAACGUUCGAAAACCACCCUGGUUUUCGAUCCUUUCUUCGUUUAGGUUAAGGCAUUUAUUUUCUAUAAUUAAAAUCAAUUUUUCCAAUUUUUAUCAAUUUAAUAAUAAUAAUUCAAUUUAAUUUUUAAUGAAUAAUCAUGUAUCUGUUGACAUUUCAAUUUGUAUAUUCUUUGAC